CGGCGGCGCCGCGUGAGUUCCCACUGGCUCGCGCAAAGCCAUCUUGGCAUUGUUCUGCCCGCCCGCCCGCGCCGCCGCAGCCCCGCGCGACACAGCCCCGCACGCCCCCGCCAUGUCCGACGCGGCCGUGGACACCAGCGCUGAAAUCUCCGCCAAGGAUCUAAAAGAGAAGAAGGAAGUUGUUGAAGAAACAGAAAAUGGCAGAGAUGCACCAGCCAACGGCAAUGCUGAGAACGAGGAAAACGGAGAGCAGGAGGCUGACAACGAAGUAGACGAAGAGGAGGAGGAAGGUGGUGAAGAAGAGGACGAGGAGGAAGAGGGUGAUGGUGAGGAAGAGGAUGGUGAUGACGAUGAUGAAGCUGAGGGAGCCACAGGCAAACGGGCAGCUGAGGAUGAUGAGGACGACGACGUCGAUCCCAAGAAGCAGAAAACCGAUGAAGAUGACUAGGCAGCAAAUUUUUUUUUUCUUUUUUUUUUUCUUUUUUUUUUUUUUUUUUUUAAAUAAGGAGGAAAACAAACCAACAAAAAAGGCCAGCGCGUCCUCUUCACCCUUGGGUCUCCCCUUGGGACUCCUGUUGCAGCCCCCUUUCCCUCACACACCCCUUCCUCCCCCCUCCGCCGUGGUCAUCCUCACCAAGUAGAGUGAACCCCGUCCCCGCCCCCGGCGCGGCGCUGCCACUCAACGAACAUGGAAACGAUUCGCCCGUUAGCGGGGAGAGAAAACCCCCCUUCCCCCACAAACCCUCUCCCCCCCGAGCACCAAAACUUCAAGGCCCUGCUUUCUUUCUUAAAAGUACUUUAAAGGAGAAUUUGUUUGUAUUUUUUAUUUACAUUUUAUAUUUUUGUACAUAUUGUUAGGAGGUCCGCCAUUUUUAAGUGAUCUCGGAUUGACCAAAAGGGGGGCUUUGAAGUGUAUAUCUCUCUUGUUACCUAUCUCUGACUUUACUUGUGGUGUGACCAGGCCCAAACCAUUAUCUCAAAGGAGAAUAAAACAAAACCUUGUAAAAAAAAAAAAUUAAAAAAGACAAAAAUGCAAAAAAAAAAAAAAAUUACAAUCUUAUUCUGAGCAUUCCAGUAACUUUUUUUGUGUAUGUACUUUAGCUGUACCAUAGAUCGUGGUUUGUAUGAGGUGGCAAGGCCAAAGAUAAAAAGGUUUUCUUUUUUUUUUUUUUCUGUCUAUGAAGUUGCUGUUUAUUUUUAUUUUUUAUUUUUUUUUUUUUUUUUUGGCCUGUUUGAAGUAUGUGUGAAACAAUGUUGUCCAACAAUAAACCGGAAUUUUAUUUUGCUGAGUUGUCCUAACAA